UGUGACAGAAAACGGUUGAGGACAGUUUUGUUCGUGACGAUGGCAUUAAGGCUGUUUGUGUCUUUUAUUCUUCUUAUGAACAACACAGGGCUCUGUGCUGAGAUCUCUGUGUUUGUGAAGACGGGAGCUUUUGUUCAGCUGGAUGUACAGACACAAGAAGCAGAGUUUUUAAUUUUAUUCUGGAGUAAUGAAAAAUCACAGAAUAUAAUUACAUAUUUAAAAGAAACUAAAAGUGUAAGACCUAAUGAUAUCUACAAGGACAGAGUGGUUUUCAAUGAAACAAGCUUUUCUCUGACACUGAAGAACAUGCAGAAGAAGGACAGUGGACUCUACAAAGCAAGAACCAGUGGACAAUCAGAAAAUAUUCUUGUUAUAUACAGAGUGACUGUUUUAGAUGAAGUUGAAGAUCCGGUCCUGACCGUAAACUCAAGCUGGUCCAGUCCUCAGCCCUGUAGCUUUACAUGUAACGGAAGUAACAGUUUUUUCAGCUCCGUCUUUAAUGGUAGCAGCUGUUCCCCAGAGGAAGUGACAUCAGCUGAUAAUCACACCCUAAAACUGAGCUGCAGCGAGGACUCCAUCACGUGUAACUAUAGCAACCCCGUGAGCUCCAAGACUGUAGUAAAGAAGGUUUAUGAACUCUGCGCUGCUGAGCAAGGAAAAUAUGAAGAAGCAUCAGCAUUUACACACUGGAGCAUUGCUUCUGUUUGUCUACCCAUACUGGCAUUGGUGGCAGUGAUCAGCUUUAUUUUUUUUAAUUAUAUUUACAAAAGAAAGAAAGGCGCCCAGGGGCCUGAACAAACAGUUUAUGCACACCCUUUUGACGAGAACGUCAAGCCACAAAAUCCACUGGAGAUGUUGGAGAAAUCAGAGAAACCUUCUACAGUGUAUGAUACUGUGAGAGAUGCUGGACAGACUGACGAUACCAACCACAUCACAGCCAACGAUGACCCUAUGAAUCAGAGUGCAUCACUCCCAGAUGAGAAGGGACCACAUUCAUCUAUCACUGUCUACUCUACCAUUCAAAAGCAUUCAACCCCUCCCCAAACUCAAACUGAUCUCACCAUUUAUUCUGCAGUCAAAAAACUGCCUGCUGGAUAUGAAUCACAUCCACAAUCAGAAUAAAAUUGGACUUUGAACAAAGCUAAACUUUUACAGGAAUUUAAAGCGAUAAAGGACUUUAUGUCUUCGGGAAGACAGUGUUAAUCUCAGUGUAAAUAAGGACCAUAUUUAUCAUGUGCAACGUACAGAGUAGAGUUUAGAGCAGGGUGUC